AUGUCGGUGGGGUCAACUUCGAGAGAUGUAUGUGGUGCCAAAGAGCUGGCGUUCCUAUUGGAGCCCAGUGACGUCAUUGCUGUGCGGGAUCGGCCGCUAAUGCUGGACUGCCGGGUGGAGGGCGAGGGUCCCAUCUCGAUCACGUGGCGCAAGAACGGGGUGCCAGUAGUCGUGGGGGAGCGUGUACAGGUGCUGCCCAAUGGGACCCUCUUCAUCCAGAGCUUCCAAAAACGACUAGACAGAGGCGGAAGUGAGACGGAUGUUGGAGAGUACGACUGCGCCGCCCAGAACCACUUUGGCAUGCUGGUCAGCCGCAAGGCCCGGGUUCAGCUGGCAUCUCUCCCUAAGUUCCACACCCACCCAGAGUCCAUGUCAGUGGACAAUGGCGGUGUGGCUCGCUUCAAGUGCCAGGUCAACAGUGUGCCCGAGGCCAACAUCACCUGGGAGAGGGACAGAACCCCACUCAGUAACACCGACAACAGGUACACGCUCCUGCCCAUGGGUAUCCUCCAGGUGACUGGUGUGAGGCGGAUUGACGCCGGGGUGUACCGUUGUAUGGCCUCCAACAUCGCCAACACACGCUUCAGCCAUGAGGCUGUGCUCAAUGUAACCGGUGGGGCCUCCAGGAUCUACAAGGAGCCAGUUAUCCUCUCUGGGCCCCAGAACCUGACCAUCACUGUCCACCAGACAGCCAUUUUGGAGUGCAUCGCCACAGGGAACCCCCGGCCGAUUGUGUCCUGGAGCAGGCUGGAUGGGCGCUCCAUUGGGGUGGAGGGCAUCCAGGUGUUGGGCACUGGAAACCUGAUGAUCUCGGACGUGUCGCUGCAGCACUCGGGGGUGUACGUGUGCGCCGCCAACCGCCCCGGGACCAGGAUGAGGCGUACUGCGCUGGGAAGACUGGUGGUACAAGCUCCCCCUGAGUUCAUGCAGUGGCCGCAGUCUGUCUCAAAACCAGCGGGAGGCAGUGCUGUGUUCACCUGUGUGGCCCAGGGCGUCCCCGAGCCUCACCUCAUCUGGCUGAAGAAUGGCAAGAUCCUGACGCCUGGUGACAACGUCAAGCUCACCAACAACAACAGCACCCUGGCCGUGACGCGCAUCACCUCGGAGGACGAGGCCAUCUACCAGUGCAUCGCUGAGAACAUGGCCGGCACCAACCAGGCUAGCGCCCGUCUGGCCGUGUCCCUGGCCAAGGAUCUCCCCGACUCCCCCCAGGGCCUCACCUCCUCCGCCCUCUCCCCCAGCGCCCUGCAGCUCGCCUGGAUCCAGCCGCCCGUAGAGAUCACCGACGGCAUCAUCGGCUAUGUGCUCCACAUCCGCAAGAUCGGCGAGCCAGACAGCAGAGAGCUGCAGGAAGCAGUCAGUAAAACCACCUUCCAGCACGACUUCACCAACCUGGAGCCAGCCACCACCUACUCUAUCUACCUCAAGGCCUACUCCCCACUGGGUGCCAGCCAGCAGUCCAGCACUGUGGUGGCCACAACACUAGGGGGUGUGCCCACUCCCCCAACCUUCUUCACCAAGGUGGUGAACUCCACUGCAGUCCAGGUGUUAUGGGAGCUCCCCAGCAAGCCUGGCAAGGCAGAGGGCUUCAGGCUCACCUACCGCAGGGUCCCCCAUGCCGACUUCCAGGGGCCAGUUCAGUUCCCUUGCCACGUCAAUGCCCACACCAUCUCCCGCCUUGAAACCGGCGCGGUGUAUGAAGUCAAACUAGUAGCCUAUAACGGGAACGGCGAGAGCGACUGCUCCAAGAGGCUGGUGUCACUGGCAGAAGACGGCACCAGCGCCAAAACCAGUGGUGGGGAGACCCAGUGUACCUGUAGACAGGAGAGCGAGGGCUCGAUGGGCGGUAUCGUGGUUGGCAUUCAUAUCGGCAUGGCCUGCAUCAUCUUCUGUGUGCUCUUCCUCAUGUUUGGAUACCGUCACAGGUAA